AUGAAAUUCCAGGUAUUCAGACAUGGCGACCGAACACACGACAAAUAUCCUGACGAGUCGUAUCCAACAGAUCCUUACAGAAACAACUCCUUUUACCCGAUUGGAUUUGGUGGUUUGACAAACCAAGGAAAGUGUCGCCUGUACAAUUUCGGAACGUCCUUACGCGAGCGUUACGAUAGAUUUUUGGGCGACGUGUACUUUCCCGCGGACGUCAAAGUAAUCAGUACAGAUAAAAGCCGUACCAAGAUGAGUUUGGAAACGGUUCUCGUCUCCCUUUACCCACCGAAGGGCGAGCAAGUGUGGAAACGGGGCUUCGACUGGCAGCCCAUACCGAUCAAUUAUGCCCCCAAAUCGGAGGAUCCAUUUUUCAUGUACUGGACAUGCCCAAUGUACAAAGCCGAGUUCAAAUGCGCCCGUCAGACACCAAAGUACCGCCAAGAACUAUCGCACUUUGAUGGAUUAAUGAGGAGUUUGACCAACUACACGGGGAGACAUUGCCGCGACACCGAAUUCAUUUACUAUCUGUAUCACACUUUGACAGCUCAAAGUUUCUUGAAUCUCCCGCUUCCCGCAUGGACCAGGCCUUAUUUUCCAAACGGCCCCAUCAUAGAUGCCGCCCUGCUCGAAUACGAUUUCAUGAGUUACAAUACGAGAAUGAAGAGACUGAACGGAGGAAUGUCCCUGCGCAAGGUGUUGGAUGACAUGUCCGUCGUUAUGGACGAAGGAGCGCGUGAAAAACCAAAAGUACACCUGUACAGCGCCCACGAAAAUAACAUCGCUGGUAUCCUGCAGACGCUGAAUUUGUGGAAAAGGGUCAUUCCGGAGUACACGAGUGCCGUUAUCUUUGAACUUUACCAGGAAAAUGUGGAACAUUACAUCAAAGUCGUAUACUUCAAAGGAAUACCCGCGGAGUAUGAAGUGCGACGAUUACCGGGAUGCUCGGAGUAUUGUCCUCUGGAGCGGUUUUUGAGGAUCACGAGAAAUGUGGUACCGAUCAAUGUAACGGAAGAAUGCUUUGGGGAAAGUCACGAGACGUACAAAUUCUCGCAGCCCAUUACACGGCUUCGAUGGGAGGGAUGA